AUGAGUAGUAAUCCGUCCUAUGUUUCCCUCCACGAUGUCCCUGAGGACCUCGCGGACUGCGACGGCAGCAGCCCUGGCGGCGGGCUGUGCUGCCCCGACGACCCACUCGACAUCGUCCUCCAGUACUUCCCCGCCCCCGUCGCGGACGACGGGUUCCUGGAGGCGCUCGGGAUAACCUCCUCGCCGCAGCGCCACGGGCGGGGCGACGAGGACGGCGAGUCGAAGUGCGCGCUCGGCGGCGUGAACGCCGUCGGGGAGGUCCGCAUGCUAGCUGCGGCGGCGAGAACGCCGGGCGGCGGCGGGGAGCGGGACGUGCGCGGCUUCUUGUCCCGUGGUGCCUCGGAGGUCCAGGAGGUCGUCGACGUCGACAUGUUUUUCGCGGACGCCGCGCCGGAUGAUGGCGGCUGCGGCGGCGGGGAGGCGAACGUGUGGAAUAACAUGUCCUGCCACACGGCGGUUACCUCGGCAUUGCCGGCGGGUGGUCUGGACGGGUGCGGCGCGCUGGACGGCUUCGUCUCUGACGCCGCGUUGUCGGACAGGCCAUUGACAACGUCUAGCGCGUCAUCGGGCAGCCUCUCAUCGACGACCUGGGAGACCGAGCCGCCGGCCCUUGUCUUGCCACCCCACGCUUGGACUGUGACAAGGAAACAACGGCACCGACCAGUCAUCCGCCGGAAUCAUCUCUGGCUGCCGAAGUCGUCCCUGCCCCACGACGUGCCGGACGCUCCUCACGACAAUCCCAGCCACAAGAGCGGCGCCAGUGAUGCCGGUAUCCACCGCCGGCGCCCCGAGGCACGUCAGAGGAGUAGACAAACUCCGAGGGUGUGCAGCCAUUGCGACAGCUCCGACACGCCACAAUGGCGUGCAGGUCCGGGCGGGGCGCGCACUCUCUGCAACGCAUGUGGCAUCCGUUACAAGAACAACAAGUUGCUACCAGAGUAUCGACCUUCGACGAGCCCUGGCUUCCGAAGCGACGAGCACUCCAACCGCCACAGGAAGGUUGUAAAGCUCAGGGAGCAGAAGGCGAAAGAGAAAAUCCUGAGACUGAUGGCCGAUACGGUGCCGGCGGCGCCGGCGCCGGCGCCGAACAGCGGUGAGUUUAUGGAUAUGUGUACAUACGUAUCAACAGGCUAG